CCCUUGGUGAAAAGGAAGGAUGUGAGAGUGAGAUUAGACCCAAACAAGGAGGGUCAGGAACAGGAGAGAGCUCUUUCUCCAACAUCACGUACGCAAUUUUCAUCAGCUGCGGGGAUCCUCCAUUUCUGAUACACAGAAAGGGAAAGAGAGUGCGCACAUGAGAGAAAAACCACAUUAUUUCGCCCACUUCUACUCCAUCCGGCUAUCUGCAACCCUCAGCAGGUUGAAGUUCAUGAGUUCGCCCAGCCUCAGCGACCUGGGCAAGAGAGAGGCGGCCGCCUUGGAUGAGCGGGGGACCCAGCAGCAGCGGGCCUGCUCCAAUGCCACCUGGAACAGUAUUCAUAAUGGAGUCAUAGCUGUAUUUCAGAAAAAAGGGCUUGCAGACCACGAGCUUUACAAUCUCAACGAAGGAGUCAGGCAGCUUCUGAAAACUGAGUUGGGAUCUUUUUUUACCGAAUAUUUACAGAAUCAGCUGCUUACAAAAGGCAUGGUGAUCCUGAGGGAUAAGAUCCGAUUUUAUGAAGGACAGAAGCUUUUGGAUACCUUGGCUGAAACCUGGGAUUUCUUUUUCAGCGAUGUCCUGCCCAUGCUGCAGGCCAUAUUCUAUCCCGUGCAGGGGAAGGAACCCUCCGUCCGCCAGCUGGCCCUGUUGCACUUCAGAGAUAUUAUUACUCUCAAUAUAAAACUGGAAGAUGCUUUGUCCCGUUCCCGCGCAAGAGUUCCUCCUUCGAUCGUUCAGAUGUUACUCAUCCUACAGGGUGUUCAUGAAUCAAAAGGAGUGACUGAAGAUUACCUGAAGUUGGAAACUCUCUUACAGAAGGUGGUUUCCCCCUACUUGGGGACGUACGGUUUGUACUCCAGUGAUGGCGCCAUCACACACUCUUCCUGCAUUUUAGAAAAACGCUUCUUUCGGCGCUCUAAAUCGGGGGAUAUUCUUGCUAAGAAUCCGGUGGUGAGAUCCAAAAGUUACAACAAUCCUCUGUUGACUCCCGUAGCCGAGUAUGAGACAGAGGGGGCGGCCGCCAACGGCUCGAGCAUCCGGCGACACUCGGUCUCGGAAAUGACCUCCUGCGCCGAGAUGCCCGGCUAUUCCAAUCUCACGACUGUCACGGACAGUGGGUCCAAGAGCCCCAUGCUCACCGUGAAGAUCCCUCCCUCGGGAGGGCCCGACAGGCUUUCGGCUGGCUCGGUGCAGUGCGCGUCUGACCAGUCGAAGGGACUCUUCUACCCCAGAGAGGACCCGGCCAGGGCGUUUGAGUUAGGCAGGGACACGGACUUGCUCGCCAUUGCUCCCACGGCCAGCCCUGAGAAUGUAGUGGACCAGAUUCUAGAAUCGAUCGACUCCGAUUCGGAUGGCAUUUUCAUUGAUUUUGGCCAAAACUGCUCCGACUCGCCAGGAUACAACAUGGAUGUGAGCAGGCAAAGCGUUGUCUGAGGGGGUUGCGCUUUGCAAGUCCGCAGCCUCCUUUGGGGAGGUGGAGUAAGAGCAUUGCCCGCCCUUGCAAGUCGGAUAAAGAGGACGUCCUUGUCCCAGAGAAACAUGGAUCAUCCUGGCUUGGGGAAAUGGUGGUACCGCUGAACCUUUGUUGUCAGGUGGCAUCCGUGGUCGGCUAAGUGCAUAAAGUAACAUUGAGGUCCAUCCGUGACCAGUCUGAGCUAUGGGUUGUGCAGGUUGUGUGGUUGAACUGAACCACAGACCUGAGAUACUGUCUGACCUUCAGCCUACUCUAAUGUCCUGUAGAGGGCCCCCCUCCUCCUCGGGAUGUGAUUUGCCCAAAGGGUGGCUUCCCAUGCUUGUAUUCCUUCCCGGCGUUCUCCUGAUCUGGAUGUUCAGCUCACUGCCCAGCAGCCCCUUCCUCGAACUGUGGCUCUUCUGCAUUCCUGCAGGAGUCAGCAAACCAGAGCCAAGUAGAAAAAGCAGGAGCUCAGUUGCCAGUUUGAGAAGCAUCCGUGCCAUUCUUUCAAGGGCUCUUCUUGGCGUAGGGUAGAACUUGGAUGACUUCUCAAAAGUCCCAGUGUGAUAGUUCAGCACCGAAAGAGGGCUGAAGGGCUGAACAAACUGGCAAGUGAUGAAUUGGGACCAGCACAGUGUGUUCACACACACACGUACACACCUGCACAUAUCUAGCCACCCAUGUGCGAAGCCUCUGUCCAAGCAACUGUGACGCCACCGACUUUGCUGGAGAAGGUAGUUGAAGUGCCCUCCUUGUCUGCCUAUCCCCUCCUGACUUGUCACAGCCGCGGCCAGUUUUCAGAAUGGGCCCUUGUUGCACAGCUCUUGCAGUGAUACAGUUCUCUCAAAGGAGGAGACAACUGUGUUGCUGGGGCAUGUAGAAAAGUCAUAGCAAUCACGGAGUCCCCUCUGUCGGGUGCCAGUGGCUGGAAGAUUCUAGUUUACCCUUACCUGAGUGGUUGAGCAGGAAUGCAGAGAAUGUAAAUCAUCAGUGGGGACCAGAUGGACUAGAAAUAAGAGGAAAUCCAAGUCUCCCCUUGACAGGAUGGUAUUUCAAGCGCCCGUGAGGGUUUCACAGCUACCUGGGUUACCUUCUGAAUUGACAACUAUCUUACGCGGCUCCCGUUUGCAGGAAUUCAGUGAAGAUGGUGUGUUUAUCUAUCUCAUGGUGUCAUAUCCAGGGGCGGGAUGCCCAAAGAGAGCUGCAACAUUGACAAGCUGGAUCAGGGGCAAGUGCCUGUUUCAGAAAGAGCAGGAUGUGGGAGCCCAGGAUAAUGCCACUAAGAAGGUACCCAGGUGCUUUCAGUCCCUGAGAAGGAGGGAAUCCUGGCUGGGACACUUGGAAGGAGCAAGUCUGAGAUAUCAGUGCGCUCCUCAAAGUUGGACUGUAUGAACUGACCUCUUGACAAGCUACCAUGAUACACACAGAAUGAGUUACCUCUACGUCACAGUGAAAGUAAUGAGAUAAAUUAAUCAUGAUGAACUUGAGUCUUGCUUGAUUGCAGUGACACUUAGACAGACCUCAGUUGACCUUAAAGGGUACAACUUUAAGCUUAAAGUGAUGUUUGGUGGCUUGAAAACGGUAUUUGUGGUGCUUAAUCAGCAGUCAUUCAUUCAUAUUUGCAAGUCGGUGUACAGCCAUCAUACAUGCAUGUGUGAAAAAGCCCCUAGUGCACACGUUGGGGAAAAGCUUCGUGUAAAGAUGCCCUCCGCCUCCUUGCUGUCUCAAUAAGUUCCUGAAUAGGAAACUGUCUUAUGGCAAAAAGUAUUAGAAAGUCCAGCUUUCCCAUUGAGCUGACAACCAUUCUCAUUGCUUCCAAACAAUUCCUUAAAACGAAGCCCUGCUCUUCAAAAGUUAACAUGUGUCUUUAGGCUGCAAAAGGAAGAAAAGGGUUUUAAUUUUUAAAAAGUUGUUCGAAAUAUAAUAGAAGUUGAUUGAUUUAUAGCGGCUACUAUUUUUUAAUGAUUCUCAGUGCAUCCACACUUCUUUCACCAAUCAAGUGAAAUUUGUAAAACUAAUUUAAAUAAACAGCGUGCUUGCUACUGAACAUGGUGGA